GUAAGGAUACUGGAGCGUACUUCGUCUAAUAGCAACCAGUUGCAGAGCCAGUGUGUUUUGAUUCUGGUGGUCAACGUUUAUCCGUCAAAAUGAGUCUUGCAACGACUCUUCGGUUCGAAUUGAACACAGGUGGAAAAUCAAGUUUAAAACAAGCAUUUGAGAAACAAAAAGAACGCAUUCAGAAAGAUGAAAUGAUGGCAGAUAGAGAAAACGUUGUGAGAUUAGAACUAAAAACAAAUCAAAGAGCAGAGUGGAACGAGAACCUAGAACAGUCCAGCUGGAAAAAGCGAAUUCGUGAGGAUGACAAGAGGAUCAACGAAGAACUAAGUCAGGCACAUAAAGCCAGCAUUGCUGUGAGAAGAGUGGCUCUGCAGCGACUGUUUGAACAGGAACAUGAUAUAUACGAGAAGGAACUUUACAAACUGGGCAAGACAUUCUUUACACAAAGAGUGUAGCUCUCUCAGGCCACAAACUUUGUAACACGUAGGAGAAAAUAUAUCUGUAAUGAGGAAUUCUACAUCAACCACUGUUAGUCCCCAAAUAGGGGUAUCUAAAUACCUGAUACAUCAACCACUGUUAGUCCCCAAAUAGGGGGAUCUAAAUACCUUAUACAUCAACCACUGUUAGUCCCCAAAUAGGGGUAUCUAAAUACCUUAUACAUCAACCACAGUUAGUCUCCAAAUAGGGGUAUCUAAAUACCUUAUACAUCAACCACUAUUAGUCCCCAAAUAGGGGUAUCUAAAUACCUGGUACAUCAACCACUGUUAAUCCCCAAAUAGGGGUAUCUAAAUACCUGAUACAUCAACCACUGUUAGUCCCCAAAUAGGGGUAUCUAAAUACCUUAUACAUCAACCACAGUUAGUCUCCAAAUAGGGGUAUCUAAAUACCUUAUACAUCAACCACAGUUAGUCUCCAAAUAGGGGUAUCUAAAUACCUUAUACAUCAACCACUAUUAGUCCCCAAAUAGGGGUAUCUAAAUACCUGGUACAUCAACCACUGUUAGUCCCCAAAUAGGGGUAUCUAAAUACCUGGUACAUCAACCACUGUUAAUCCCCAAAUAGGGGUAUCUAAAUACCUGAUACAUCAACCACUGUUAGUCCCCAAAUAGGGGUAUCUAAAUACCUUCUACAUCAACCACUGUUAGUCCCUAAAUAGGGAAAUCUAAAUGCCUUAUACAUCGACCACUGUUAGUCCCUAAAUAGGGAAAUCUAAAUGCCUUAUACAUCGACCACUGUUAGUCCCUAAAUAGGGAAAUCUAAAUGCCUUAUACAUCGACCACUGUUAGUCCCUAAAUAGGGAAAUCUAAAUGCCUUAUACAAUGACCACUGUUAGUCCCCAAAUAGGUGUUACACAUACCUUAUACAUCAACCACUCUUAGUCCCCAAAUAGGGGUAUCUAAAUACCUUAUACAUCAACCACAGUUAGUCCCCAAAUAGGGGUAUCUAAAUGCCUUAUACAUCAACCACUGUUAGUCCCCAAAUAGGGGAAUCUAAAUACCUUAUACAUCAACCACUGUUAGUCCCCAAAUAGGUGUUACACAUACCUUAAAUUCUAUUGAAUGAAAUGUACUGUAAAAAUUGCAUGGAGUUAAUGUGAGUGAAAAAUUAGAGAGAAGUGGAGUAAGAGAGGAAGGAGAGAGAGAGGAAGACGCAAAGAUUCAUGUAAAAGAGAGUAACUUGUAUGUCUUUACAAAGAUCCCUGGUCACAUACUUUUUACAAUAAUUUGCCUUUUAAUGUGUAAACAAUUGCCAACAAUUCUCUGAUUAUAAUAUUUUGCGUUUUACAAACACCUAAAAAUUAUUGCACAAACACAGAAAACUCAUUUGCCAAAGUUAUUGUUGUAUCCAUUUAUUGCCUUCUCUAAGAUCAUAAAAUGUAUAAAUUACAGAAUCAAAAGUGUGGUUUAAUUACACACAGUUAACUGACUGCAUCUGUUAAAGCACACACAACAUUUACAUGUAAACCUUCGAUUGAUUUGUGCUGUGGAUGAAUGUACCAAAAAUAAAUAUUUCUUU